CCGACUCAUGGGACGCCGUAGUGAAUACAUCCGGUCCGCACGACGAACGCCGGCGGACCAAGCCACGGGUUUUAAGACGGUGUUUCGCGGAGUUUGAUGCGAGCAACGUACAUUAUGACAUCGGCUUUAGCGAUUAACGAGUAAAUGCCUAAUUGUAGUGAGAUGAAGUAGAUAUAAAAUAAGACCAAGUCCUCUGGAUGAUUCCAAUGUGAUUAAGACACCCAUCAUCAAGUCAUAAAGCCAACCAGUAUUAUCAUAUACCCAAUUUAAGCCCCUAUAUUCAACGUCCACAAACACCUAGAUUUUGCAAUCUCCUUUCCACCAUAAACAAAAUGGCCAACCCCAACCUCAGCGGCAAAAUCGCCCUAGUCACAGGCGGCACAAAAGGCAUCGGCCUAGCCGCCGCCCAGCGUCUCUCCGCAGCUGGGGCAACCGUGGUCCUAAACUACAGCACCUCGGCCUCGGCCGCCGAAGCAGCCCUGUCCAAGCUGCCCUCGGACCGGACCAUCGCGGUCCAAGCCGACGCAUCCAGCCCGUCGCAAAUGCGCGACCUCGUCUCCCAAAUCGUAUCCAAACACGGGCGGAUCGACAUAGUCCUCGCCAACGCAGGGACGAUGCCCCUGCUGCCCCUCGAGCAACUAACCGAGGAGGUCUUCGACAAGACGUACGCGCUAAACGUCAAGGGCCCCAUGUUCCUCGCCCAGGCCGCGGCGCCGCACAUGCCCGCAGGCGGCCGCAUCGUCUUCGUGAGCACGGGGAUCGCGCGCAGCACCGCCGUGCCGCCUCCGUACGCCCUGUACGCGUCGACCAAGGGCGCCGUGGAGCAGCUCACGCGCGUGCUGGCCAAGGACCUCGGGCGGAAGGGGAUCACGGUGAACGCCGUGGCCCCGGGCCCGACGGACACGGAGCUCUUCCGCGAGGGCAAGCCGGAGGCCAUGAUCAAGGCCAUCGAGAGCCAGUCCCCGUUCAGCCGGCUCGGAAGCCCCGCUGAGAUCGCCGAGGUUGUGGCGUUUAUUGCUGGCCCUGAGAGCAGUUGGGUGUCCGGGCAGAUUAUUGGUGCGAAUGGGGCUGCGUUUGUAUAGAUUUGUGAAGCGAUGGCUGUUUUUAGUGUUGGAAGCAAUUUGAUGGUGACAGUUGUAUAUAGUAAAUUCGGGGAAUGUACAAGUUUGGGAAUUAUUUCAUAGCAAAUUAGAAUUUCGACAUCAUCUAUGGCCUCAUUGC